AUAGAGGGCGCUACACUAAUUGUUAUGGCGGCUGAUUCAAUGUCCGGAAGCAGACGUUUGGUCAAAUAUUAGUGUUAAUGCCUACAAAGCUACUCUGCCUAACCCCUAUCUAGCAUCAUGGCAGAUAAAUCAGCUGAAAAACAGGAGCUUCGGAGGAAGCUAGCCAGUAUGAAAAAGGACUAUGAGAGGACUUUACGCAGUGUGGAGAAAUCAGAGAAAGCAAAGAGAGCCCGUUCUUACGUCCAGAGGAAAUUGGCCGAGCAGGUGCAACUCAGUUCAGCCUCCCCCUCAUGUACGCAUACAUUCAGUAGAAGAACUGAGCCCAAAACAGACACCACAACCGAUGAACCGCUGCAAGAUGAGAAGGCGAGAGAUGGACGAGAUGAAAGUCUUGAAGAGAGAGAUUUCAAGUCUGUGUUGGCCACAAAACGUCGCCAGAGACAGAGGAGGAGCGUUUCUUUCAUUAUUCCCAAGGAGACUCCAUCUGAGAGAGACUCUCCUGACAACGGUGAGGUAGAGAAGAAAGAAGGCCAUCUUGGAGAUGCGGUGAUAAAGAAGCAGGAGGAGCAACUUGAAUCCAGAAGCAAGAGAUCUUCUCUUCCUGAGCUGGCACAUGCAUUCGUAAUGGAGGAGUCAAAUGACAUUAAGGUGUCAACGGUUUCAAAGGCCUCAUUAAUAAACGACACCUUGGGAGACUUUAAAGGAAGCACCCACACCAGGAGAGAGAACAGAGUUAGGUCCAACGAGAAUAUGGUUCUCAUUGUACCAGAAUCACAACUUAUAGAAUCUGUAGGAGAAGGUUGCCCUGAGAGGGAUGUCACUCCAGUAACUCUUGCUGUGUCGCAUCCUCAGAACAAUUCAAGAAUCAAAGCAGAGGGCAAGCUGGAUCUUGACCUAUCUUCUAAAAAGUUUGACAAAGACACCAAAAAGUCUACCAACAUUUCGCCACUUCAAGAAGACACUCACUACCCAAGCAAUAACAACAACAACAACAACACAAACAAAAUGAAUGAGAAAAUAGAGACCACUGAGACCGCCCUAAAGCCACCUCAAGUUGGGAUAAAGAAAAGGAGAGCCAGUCGACGCAGUCUGAAAAGUUCCAGGAAACCACGUGAGCUGACUGCAUCUGACAUCAGCAUGAAAGAGGUAGUGAAAUCGCAGAGCACAGAAGAGGGUAGUCAUACCUGGAUCGAGGGGCUGAUGUAUCCGGUGGAGUAUUACGUCAGACGUACUAGAAGCAUGAGCUCCAGUCAGAGCUCUCAAUGUCAGAGUCACUCGAACUCCCAAAGAUACAUGGACAGAAAUGAUUCACAAAGGGACAUGGAUACUCAACUGAGAACGAUGGAGCAAACAGACUCUCUAACAGAUUCUACUAGAUCUAAAGAUUCAGUACCUCAAGCGACCACGGUAAAAGCAGCUUGUGUGCUUCAAUCUGAAGUGAGCAGGAAUCAACUGGAAGUAAGCCAAUGUCAAAUUGAACCUUGCAAGAAUCUAGCAGGCACUUCCAACUUUCCCCCAAUGUCGGACUCGGAUUCCUUGAGAUCUCAACUCUCAGAGUCUCUCCUGAAGACCUCUCUGCCAAAACCUGCAGGAAACAGACGAGACAACGAUCAGGGGAAACUGUCCUGGCAAACAAAACCCAGGAAGCUUCAAAGACGGAGAGUUAUUUGGAAAGGGAGUUCAAGAGCAUCUUUAUCAAAGAACAGCACUGACGCUCAGAUCACUUUCACACCCAACCCUGAGGAUAGUAAAUCAAACUCUGGCCAUACCGCUUCGAUGCGAGAACCUCAAUCAUCCAGCAACACUCCGGACCUCUGUUCAGGAUCUACAACAGAUGAUUUAAGAUUAAACCCUGAUUUAAGAUUAAACCCUGAUACUGAAGAUCACCAGAGAACAGAAUCCCAACAUGAACUCAAUGCAGGAAGUAUUCUCCACUCUCUGAGAAAUCUCAGGUUGCCAUGUUCAGAUUUUGCUCUGCCUGACGAAGACUUUGGUACCUUGAAGGAAGCCAAAUUGAAAACUCUACCAGAAGCUGGUGAAGUAGCAACAUAUACUUGUGAAGACGGCAAUAAGAAAUUCCGUUCAUCCCUACCAUUGGAAAGGGAGAAAGUUAACGCCAACACAUACAAAAGCGACGUCAUUGACGAAAGCAUCCCAGCUGAACACCAUCAGAAAAACUUCAAUGACCAAUUAGUCUUAGGCCUAUCACAAACAACUCAGGGUGUUUUAGUCUCAGUAACUGAUGUAGUCUCAGUAACUCAGGAUGAUGUAACCCCAGUAACUCAUGAUCAUCCCAUUCAAAAGCCAUACCACAGCGACAAAAACAUCACUGAAAACUCCACACCUGAAAUGUUGCUUCCCUUGGACGACAUUAAUUCAGUCAAACCCCCUCUUGAUUCAAGGUCUUCUGCCAGAUCGUGUAUCGAUGGAAAGAUCCAACCUGACAGUUUCCCUGUCGUAGAGUCUCCCGAUAAGAACGUUCUCCACAGCCAGUUCUCGCUGACCCAGUUUCACGACAGCUGUAGCUUGGCGCUCCCGAGCGCUGGAUGUACUCCAGGUUUGUCACCAAGUUGCUCUAGAGACGAUAUUGACCAGGUCAUCUUGACUAAAAAUGUCUCACCCUCUCUUCAGGACGUAGAAAAGGCAGCUGAAGGUGAAGAUUUGGACGACGGAGACCAAAAAUUGGAUUCAUGUCUCGAUGAAGGAGGGGCUGGAAGCUCAUAUUUACAACCUUCAGUUACUUCCCCACUCGAAGCUACCAAUCGUAACUCUAGAAGCAACCAACAACAACAUACUGUGUUUGUUUACCCAAACCAAACCACAAGUUCGAAGGAUGGCUCAACCGACUGCUCCAUUCUAUCGAAAGCAGUAUCAAAUGAGACCGGUAACCUAUCGGCUGGGGAUCAACCAACAAGUGGUGUCAACGAGGGAACAAACAAUGGUAGCAUAACACCGCCGACAGUCCACCCAGAAGCUGUCUCUAGCAACAUCCAACAAAAGUCCCCCUUUGCGGGCGGAGCUACGGGGAGUCCUUUUGGGAGGGCUGAGGAGCCUAAAGCGAUGUCCCAGUGCGAGGUGGAGGUACUUAGUGAGGACAAUGAGGCAGAGGAGAGGGUUACCAGACCUAAUCUAGCUUCAAUUGGAUGCUUGAAGCUUGAUCUUCCAUGGGAGCAGUCACCCGCCCUCAGGGAUAUAACAAGCGGUGUGGUGAACCUAGAUGAAGAGACAAGUAUUCUGGCCCUCGUUUACCAAUGCACACUAGUUUUCUGGCUGUAUUACGGAGGCACACAAGAGUGGAAGAUGCUACAGGCUUGGGUUAUACCUCAGGAUGAGGAGUUCAUCUUGUUGAAGUUUUUGUCGUGCAGUAAACAGAACGAAGUGACUUUGGUUGUCGCCGGGAAAUUUGCCUCUUGCGCUCUCAGGAUAUUGACAUUUGACACAUUGACGGAGGACUGUCAGCAGUUGGAUGUGAACCUGCCGCAGUCAGUGGAGGCUCAGAUGCCUUAUCUUCUAUGUCCUACUAGUGAACAGGAUUUCAUUGUUGCAGUCAAGGAUGUCAAGAAUAAGACCACUGUGUUUUCCGUCCAAGUUUCCACAGAAUCAAGGGAUGUGCAUUUAGUCGAAUUAGCCACUGGAUCCAGCAGGGAGUUGACAUCAUUACUGAAAGUUGAAGAAACUGCCGGGAUUGUCAUGGCAACCACAUCAAGUAAUCACAUACUUUUAUGGUGUCUGAAGACAGAUCAGCUGCUUAAAGAAGUCCUGAUCAAACCAGUGACAAAUGGAAGCCGUGUGUCGUGUUUGGAAGCAGUUGCUGAAGCGGGUUUGUUAUUUCUAAUUCUUGUGUACCAAGAGGACAACAGUGAUUUAGAAGUAAAGUGUAACAGCAGCAUUGGUGCUAUGGUAGCGUUCAACCCACACACGAACAAGAUGCUGAAAUUGAUGGACUACAACGUCCCGAAUCAACAUAAAAAUGCCAGUCUUGUAGAUGGGGUUUUAUACAACGCCACUCUCAUGGCCAAACUGUCUGAUGGCAGCCUCCACCAAUUGGAGACCUCCACAGGGAACCUACUGAAUUAUUUAUCAGGCAAUCCAACCAAUCAAAGCCUCUGGAGUGCCCAACUCUGCAAUUCACAGGUGGUCUUAAUUGGAACUGCCCAACACCUGGAGAUGUAUAAUGAAUAAUUCAUGAGUGUACUGGCCAAUACAUGGAGAUGUAUAAAAUGAAUAUCCAUGAGCGGGAGGCGGCUGCACAUUCAAUACACAAGUCUUGUUUUGUUUACACAAAGAAAUGACAAAAACUCCAAAAUGCAAAGAGACUCAUUUUUGUUCAAGUUUAAUUAGAAUCAGAAUAUCAUAUUAUAAUUUGUUUCUUUAUGCACAAUGAAAUCACCAUUCUUUAUAUACCUAUCACUACCUAGAAGCUGAUGAAAGUAUCAUUUUCACAAGUAUGCAUGACAACGAAAUAGAACACAUCAGGGAG